GAAUGUAACGAGCCUAUGUGGUGGUCAAAAUCUCAAACUGAGACAGACAUAGACAUAGAUCUCACUGUCAGCUUCCAAAUUGAGCACCAUUUCGCCGGCGACCACAGAUUACAAUGCAAACUCAUAAACAACUCGUCGUUUCACUCUCCCUCAUCACUCUCCUUCUCCUUCUCCUCUCCUCCUUCUCCCUCCCUCUCUCCGCCAAACCCCCCCAAAACGACGACUUCGACGAUGAAGAUCUCAGCUUCCUCGAGGAACCCGAAGCCGAAGACACCACCACCGCUUCCCUCCACGACCACGGCAACUUCCCGGAUCCCGACCCUUUCGGCGACGGCGACAGCGAAGACGGCGAGGAUUUCGACGACGACUUCUCCGGCUUCGAGCCUCCCUCUGAGGAGGCGUACGAGGAGCCCGCGGUGGAUGACAAAGACGUCGUCGUUCUGAUUGAGCGGAACUUCACCACUGUCGUCGAGAACAACCGGUUUGUCAUGGUGGAGUUUUACGCUCCAUGGUGCGGUCACUGUCAGUCUCUCGCGCCGGAGUACGCAGCCGCCGCCACUGAACUGAAGAACGACGGUGUCGUUUUAGCUAAGGUGGAUGCCACGCAGGAGAAUGAUUUGGCUCACGAGUACGAUGUUCAGGGCUUCCCUACAGUGUCGUUCUUCAUUGAUGGGGUUCAUAAGCCUUACACUGGCCAAAGAACCAAAGAUGCUAUAGUGACAUGGAUUAGGAAGAAGAUAGGACCUGGUGUAUACAACAUAACUACGUUGGAUGAUGCUGAGCGCAUAUUAACCUCUGAAAGUAAAGUUGUUUUGGGCUUCCUUGACUCUUUAGUUGGUGCUGACAGUGAUGAGCUAGCUGCAGCAUCAAAACUUGAGGAUGAUGUCAAUUUUUAUCAAACUGUGAUUCCUAAUGUGGCUAAGCUUUUCCAUAUUGAUACAAAUGUUAAACGCCCUGCUUUGGUCUUGCUCAAGAAAGAGGAGGAGAAACUGAACUAUUUUGAUGGUCAAUUUGUAAAAGCUUCUAUAGCUGAUUUUGUGUCCUCCAACAAGCUUCCGUUGGUUACAACUUUUACAAGGGAAAGUGCCCCAUCAAUUUUUGAAAGUCAAAUCAAGAAACAGUUGUUGCUGUUUGUGACUUCAAGCGAUACAGAGAAGUUCCUUCCAGUAUUUAGAGACGCAGCGAAGGUGUUGAAGGGGAAGCUGAUCUUUGUUCAUGUGGAAAUGGAUAAUGAAGAUGUUGGAAAGCCUGUUGCAGAUUAUUUUGGUAUCACUGGGAAUGCUCCCAAAGUAGUUGCUUUCGCAGGAAACAAUGAUGGCAGUAAAUUUUUGUAUGAUGGAGAGGUCACUGUUGACAAAAUUAAGGCAUUUGGGGAAGAUUUUCUUGAAGACAAGCUAAAACCUUUCCUCAAGUCAGAUCCAGUUCCUGAAACUAAUGAUGGUGAUGUGAAAAUAGUUGUUGGGAAUAACUUCGAUGAUAUUGUCUUGGAUGAGUCAAAGGAUGUUCUUCUUGAGAUUUAUGCUCCCUGGUGUGGCCACUGCCAAGCUCUGGAACCGACAUACAACAAGCUUGCAAAACAUCUUCACGACAUUGAGUCUAUUGUAAUAGCCAAGAUGGACGGAACAACAAAUGAGCAUCCAAGGGCAAAGGCUGAGGGGUUCCCCACUAUCCUCUUCUUCCCAGCAGGAAGCAAGAGUUCUGACCCGAUUGCUGUUGAUGUGGAUCGUACAGUGGUGGGCUUUUAUAAGUUCCUGAAGAAACAUGCAUCAAUCCCAUUCCAGCUCCAGAAACCAACCUCAACUUCUAAAACUGAGAGCAAGAGUUCAGAUGUCAAGGAGAGUCAGAGUAGCAGCACUGACACGAAGGAUGAGUUGUGAGAGUUAAAUUACACUUCUAUUUAUAUAGAGAUAUGACUCAGACAGAUGUAACUGUGAAUAGGUGCUCAGCACAGAAUCUAGCACAAUGAGUGAGAGAAAAGCUUUCUGUUUUCCCUCACCCUGUGGCCAAAAGACAAAUGGCUAAGGGAAGCGGAGAAACCAGGUAAUCUAUGUAUUAACUUGUUCUACCUACUUCUACAAGUUUGUGUACUAGGAAUUUGGGUGAGACUUCAAUUUAAAGUAAGGUUGCCACGAAA